AUGAAUGAGUGUAAAAUUAAAUUACCGACGCCUGACAAGAGUCUGAUCACAUUUAAAAAUUAUAAGAAUAAAGAGAAAGUACCGUAUGUAAUUUACGCCGACUGCGAAAGUCUACUUCUUCCCGCCGAUGAAGAUGUAGACAAUUUAAGUAAAACUGAAGUAUUCCAGCGCCACAAAUUGUUAAGCAUCGGCUAUUAUAUAAAAUGUAGUUAUGACGAAACAUUAUGUAAAUAUGUACCAUGUCCGAAAAAUGAAUCUGAUCCUGCUAAAUGGUUUACUGAGGAAUUAAGGCAAUUAUCUGAAAAAAUUGAUAAUGUAUUUAAAAAUCCGAUACCAAUGAAUGCCUUAACUCCUCAAGAAAUCAGUGACUUUAAGCGAGCGACAAUAUGUCACAUUUGUCAUCAGAAAAUACCGGCAAGCGAAAAGAAAGUCCGCGAUCACUGUCACCUUACUGGCAAAUAUAGGGGUGCUGCCCAUGAAUCGUGCAAUCUAAACUACCAAGACUGUCAAACAAUUCCCGUGGUGUUCCACAACUUAAGUGGUUACGACGCCCAUUUUAUAAUUCAUGCGAUUUCUACGAGCUUUGAAGGAAAAAUUGACCUCCUCCCCAUUAACAAAGAGAAGUACAUCUCUUUUACUAAACAUGUCAAGGGGAGUGAGGUCAAAUUUCGAUUCAUUGACUCAUUGCGAUUCAUGGCAGCAUCCCUAGAAAAACUCGCAUCGUACCUAGACGAGUACAAAAUCGUCAACUCCGUUUUUGCCAGUACGGUGACAGAUCCGGAUAAAAUAAAAUUACUAACGCGUAAAGGUGUAUUCCCCUAUGAGUACUUUGACUCGAAAAGUAAGUUAGACGAAACCGAAUUGCCCCCGAUCGAGAAAUUUUAUAGUACGCUUUAUGAUGCCGGUAUUUCUGAUGACGAGUAUGCGCAUGCGCAAAAUGUAUGGACCGAGUUUGACUGUAAAAAUCUAUAUGACUAUGUCCAUUUGUAUAUGAAAACUGAUGUACUGUUACUUGCGGACGUCUUUGAAAAUUUCCGAGUAGAAUGUGUAAAAGCGUACGGGUUAGAUCCUGCCCACUACUACACAACCCCCGGUUUAACUUGGGAUGCUAUGCUCAAGUACACGAGCAUAGGAUUGCAACUUAUAACUGACAUCGAUAUGAUUAUGUUUGUUGAGUCUGGUAUUAGAGGUGGCAUUAGCCAAUGUUGCAACCGAUAUACUAAAGCAAAUAAUCCGUAUAUGGAGAAAUUUGACAAAAAUGAAGAUACAAGCUAUAUUAUGUACUUCGAUGCCAAUAAUCUAUAUGGCUGGGCAAUGGCUCAAGCGCUCCCUUAUGGCGGCUUCAAAUGGGUUGAUAAUGUCGACAACUCCUUCGAUUUUAAUGUGCCUGACGAUUCACCUGUUGGGUACAUACUCGAAGUUGACUUGGAGUAUCCUGAAAAUCUCCACGAUACUCACAAAGAUAUGCCAUUUUGCGCAGAAAAUGCGAAACCACCCCUCUCGAAACAGGAGAAAUUAUUAACAACUCUCCAACCAAAAGAAAAAUAUGUGAUCCACUACCGCACUUUAAAACAAGUUGUCGCCAACGGCAUUAAGCUUGUUAAAAUUCAUCGAAUCUUACAGUUUAAGCAAUCAACAUGGCUUAAACCAUAUAUAGACUAUAAUACGAUGAUGCGAACCAACGCCAAGAAUGAGUUCGAGAAAAAUUUGUUCAAGCUCAUGAACAAUGCGGUAUACGGUAAAACAAUGGAAAAUGUCCGUAAACAUGUCGACAUUAAGCUUGUCACCCAAUGGUUUGGCCGCUAUGGAGCUGAAGCCCUUAUUUCUCGCCCGAAUUUCCAUAGUCGAGCGAUAUUCGACGAAAAUCUGGUUGCCAUUGAACUGCGUAAAACCGAGGUACUACUCAACAAACCGAUCUAUGUGGGGUUAAGUGUGCUCGAUGUUUCCAAAACGCUUAUUUACGAUUUUCACUACGGGUAUAUGUUAAAAAAAUACGGCGACAAUUGUAAACUGAUGUAUACCGAUACAGACAGUCUAAUCUACGAAAUUAAAUGUAAAGAUGUCUACAAUGACAUGAAAAAUGACAUCCAAAAGUUCGAUACGUCAGACUAUCCCGCAAACAACGUGUACGGCAUUCCGCAAGCCAACAAAAAGAUUCUCGGUCUAAUGAAAGACGAAUGUAACGGCAAGAUCGUUACCGAAUUUGUUGGCUUGCGGAGUAAGAUGUACAGCGUACGGGUUGAAGGUAAAGACAUUAUUAAAAAAGCUAAAGGCAUUAAAUCCGGCGUUGUUAAAAAGAGUAUUCACUUUGAUGAUUAUGUAAAAUGUCUGAGAGAUUUUGACAUUCAAACUCGAACGCAAUAUAACAUUAGAUUGCGGUUACAUAAUGUCGAAACUGUAAAACAGAUAAAAGUAGCCUUAAGUCCGCAAGACGACAAACGAUAUUUGUUACCGGGGAGUACUGACACUCUACCGUGGGGACAUUAUGCGAUCUUGAAAAUCGACGAAUGA